AUGAGGACCAUAAAUGUGGCCCCUCAUCCGAGGAGACUUAAAUGCAGCCGUGCACUUUUUUUCAUCUCACUUGUACUAUUGUGCGUCAUCUACACGCUCACACUGAAAGCCAGGCAGUCAGCAUUCUCUGUUUCUAUGCGGGAAAUUUUGGAAGAAAAAGGAGAUGAUGAAGAGGAUGCUGGUGUCAUAGAGGUCAACAUUGGAGAGGUAACUGUAUUCAAUGUAACGCAUGGGCAGCCCCAGUCAUCUCGGAGAACCCAACCCACUGUGGCUGUUGUCAACAGGACAGAUAUUGAGCAGUGUAUUUAUGUGGAACCCGAACCACCACCGACCGCCGCGGCCCCUUCUCCGGUCCGACCGCCGCACAGGAAGGGCGAAUACCCAGAGGACAUCUUUUCAGUGGAAGAGCGGCGCCAAGGCUGGGUGGUCCUGCAUGCCAUUGGGAUGGUUUACAUGUUUGUGGCCCUCGCUAUUGUGUGCGAUGAGUUUUUCGUCCCCGCUCUGGAGGUUAUCACGAGCAAGCUGGGCAUCUCUGACGACGUGGCCGGUGCUACCUUCAUGGCCGCCGGCGGCUCCGCGCCAGAGCUUUUCACUUCCCUGAUUGGUAUUUUCGUCUCGCACAGCAACGUGGGCAUCGGCACCAUCGUCGGCUCAGCAGUCUUCAACAUCCUCUUCGUCAUAGGAAUGUGUGCCAUCUUCUCUCGGGAGAUGUUGCACCUGACUUGGUGGCCGCUCUUCCGGGACGUGUCUUUCUACAUCCUGGACCUCAUUAUGCUCAUAGUCUUCUUUUUGGAUAAGACAAUUUUGUGGUGGGAGAGCGCCAUGCUUGUGUUUGGCUACAUCAGCUAUGUGUGCUUCAUGAAGUUCAACCGUCAGAUAGAGCACACGGUCAAGACGCAGCUCAACAAACACAUGAGCAUUGUCCAAGCGUGGACCAACGAUGUGCAAGACAAGGAAAGUGAACCGUCACCUCCUUCUCCACCUGUUCCACAUCCAGCUGCAUCAAUUAAAGAGGAUAAAUCCAAACAGCAAUCAGAACCUAUUGGGAACCCUCUGCUGAGCAAACCAUCAGACCUCCAAGAGGACAAAGCCAAACUAAGGGUGCGUCCUUCCCUGCAGCGAGGUAGGAGCUCGUCCUCUCUCCACAACCCUUCGCUGAGGAGCACCAUCUUCCAGCUGAUGAUCCACACACUGGACCCUUUGGGGGAAGACUCCACCCUUAGAGGAAGACUCAAACCCUCUACCCCAAGGAGAGCCAGGCGAGAGACAUCCUUUAACGGUGAUGUCAGAGGGGAGGGGUUAAUGCAGAAGAAAGCAAGUAACAAAGUAAAGCCACUGAAUGUUCCCGAAAUAGAUGGUGAUCCCAAGGCCAAAUGUGAGGUGCCUGGAACACACAGCAGUGCAGAGGAGCCGUCGACCUCCCGGCUUCCAGCUGAGGUGGAGACUGGGGGGAACGUGACAUACAAGCAGGAGAGCUCUGGUGGUGAUGACAGCAGCGAGAGAGCUAACAGUGUAGCUUGUGAAAGUGAGGAUGACGAUGGAGAAGAGGAGGAGGAAGAGGGGGACGAGAAUGAGCCCUUGACUCUGGAUUGGCCAGCCAGCAGACGCAAGCAACUCACUUACCUUCUGCUGUUGCCCAUCGUGUUCCCAUUGUGGCUCACGCUGCCCGAUGUCCGCAACCCGACAUCCAAGAAAUACUUUGCCUUUACCUUUAUUGGCACAAUCCUAUGGAUUGCCGUUUUUUCCUACCUGAUGGUGUGGUGGGCUCAUCAGGUGGGCGAGACGAUAGGCAUCUCGGAGGAAAUUAUGGGUCUCACCAUCCUGGCUGCCGGUACGUCCAUCCCCGACCUUAUCACCAGUGUUAUUGUGGCCCGCAAAGGUCUAGGAGACAUGGCUGUGUCCAGCUCAGUCGGCAGUAACAUCUUUGACAUCACUGUAGGUUUGCCAGUUCCGUGGCUAUUGUACUCACUGAUGCAUAACGGCCAACCGGUGACCGUCAGCUCUAACGGCCUCUUCUGCGCCAUCGUUCUGCUCUUUCUCAUGCUCCUUUUCGUCAUCAUCUCCAUCGCAACGUGUCACUGGAAGAUGAGCCGAAUGCUCGGCCUCACUAUGUUCACGCUCUACUUUGUCUUUCUCGUGUUAAGUGUCCUGCUGGAAGAUCGUGUUCUCAUCUGCCCAGUCUCCAUUUGA